AUGAUAAAGAGCUCGCACAUUGGACGAGAAUUUGAACAACACGCAGCUCGAAUAAUUGAUAUGUGUUUCAAUGAAGAUGAAGGACUGGCUUUACAAAUAUUAACCACAAAAUCAAAACUAUACUUUGGUUACAGUCUAAUUGCAUUAGCCGAAGAAAAUCACAACCAAGCAUUUAUGGCAACGAAAACUGUGCAGAAAUUUUUAGAUCGUGCUUGGUUUAGUCAUGUGAAUACUUAUGGACAUGGUGAUUUUUAUAUAGCUAUCAAAUAUUUAAUACCAAAAGAUGAAAUUGAUCAGCCAAAAUUAACAUAUCCGGAAAACUUACGUUGGUGGAAACGACAAUAG